CUCGAUGCAGUACCCGCUACACUAUGGGAGAUAGCAUUUCUAUGGCAUGUGGGAUGAUCCCACCGUCAUUAUUAUUUGUCAUUCUGAUAAUGCUGCUUUUAUACUUGGGUUCAUUAAAACCGAAAGGAUAUCCUCCAGGACCAAAGUGGUGGCCCUUUCUAGGAUCGGCCUUAGAAGUCGCGAGACUUCGCAAAAAAACUGGUUAUCUCCACGAAACUUUCACACUUUUGGGAGAAAAAUACGGCCCAAUCGUGGGAUUGAAAAUAGGAACCGAUCGAAUUGUUGUACUCAACACGUACGAGAGUAUGAAAUCAAUGCUGAUGAAUGAUGAUUGCGAUGGAAGACCCACUGGGCCGGUAUACGAGUCAAGAACAUGGGGAAAAAGACGGGGAGUUUUAGUAACUGAUGGCAUCCUCUGGACCGAGCAGCGAAGAUUUGUCCUACGUCAUCUCCGAGAUUUUGGCUUCGGCAAGAACAACAUGGCGACAUUAAUUGAAGAAGAGACAAAAUAUUUAGUCAACAGUUUAUUGCAUCAAUUGGAAAUGAUAAGAGUGGAUAAAGGACCGGUGCAAUUCAAUAACAAUAUAAAAAAUGAUGGACGGAUUUACCAAUUAAGCAGUGAAAAUUUGAAUAAAUCGGAUGGGGAAUGCUUGAAGAAACCUAUUAAAAUUGAGGAUGUGUACAUGAAGGCACAGGAUUAUGCUGAUGUCAGACGAGUCUCUCAAUCUCCGUCGAUGAUUAUUCAAAUGGAUGAAGUCUUUGGGGUCCCCAUUCUCAACACUUUGUGGAAAAUGAUGUCUGGGAAGAGAUAUAAUGCGGAUGAUAGACGGCUCAAUCAUCUCCAAAGGAUCCUCACCACUUUGUUCAAAGAAUGUGAUAUGAUUGGAUGCUUGUUUGGACAUUUUCCUAUUCUCAGAUAUGUUGCACCUGUUGCCUCUGGAUAUAAACAGUUCAUGGAGAUCCAUCAGCAAUUGUGGAGUUUUCUAAAUGAAGAAUUAGUGAAUCAUAAGAAAACAUUUGAUCCAGACGUACCUAAAUGUCUUAUGGAUGCGUACUUGAAGAUUUUACAGUCUGAGUCCCAUGACGAAACUUUUUCAGAAUUACAAUUACUAGCAAUUUGGGUGGAUUUAUUCAUGGCAGGAUCAGAAACUACAACAAAAGCUCUAAACUUUUGUUUUCUUUACCUCGUGUUGUAUCCAGAUGUGCAAAAAAAAGCUCAGGAUGAGAUCGAUCGAGAAAUCGGUAGAGACAGGCUGCCUCGGCUGUCAGAUCGACCUAGAAUGACGUACGUGAAUGCAAUUACUUUGGAAUCAAUCCGAAUGUUCAUGGGAAGGACAAUGAAUAUUCCCCACAGAACAUUAAAGGACACGUAUAUUAUGGGGUAUCGAAUACCAAAGGAUACAAUGCUAGCUGCUAAUUUCAGCAGAAUAUUAAUGACUGAUGAUGUUUAUGGAGAUGCUGAAGUAUUUCGACCUGAAAGAUUCAUUGACUCCAAAGGCAAUAUUUCAGUUCCGGAACAGUACAUGCCAUUUAGUAUUGGUAAACACCAUUGUAUGGGUGAAGUCCUAGCGAAAAGCAAUAUUUUCGUCUUCACAGCUACAUUAUUGCAGACUUUCACUUUCUCAGUUGUUCCCGGUGAGGAAAUACCAACUACCGAUUUCACUGAUGGUGUGACUGCCAGUCCAUUGCCCUUCAAAGUUUUAAUUACUAAAAGAUUUUAAUUAAUUCACGUAAUAAAAUAUAAAAAUUCCUGGAUUCAUGUGCCACUCGAAUUUCUAUGACAGCUUCUAGGGCGAUCGAUGUCUAGUCACGAAGGGGUCUGCAAAAAAUAUCUCUCUUAAAAUUUAUAUUUUUCAAUUGAAUUUCAGAUAUUUUUAGUAAUUCGUGUCUUCUGGGAGUAAAUUUAUUCAAAUUAACAAAUAUUUUUAAUAGUUCACUUGAGUUUCAUUUUUAUCAGGAAUAAUGAUGGCAAUAUUUCGGCGAUUAAGGGAAUAUUCAAUUGUAUAAUAUCCAAUUUGAUAAAACGGUUAAUGGAAUAGAUACUUUUUUUUUCAAAUA